GGUCGCCGCCUUUGUUCCCGGGCCCCCGCGGAGACAUGCGCGGCUGACUAUGGAAGUGGAGGACUCGGGCGGCGUGGUGCUCACCGCCUACCACUCGUACGCACGCUCGCAGCCGCCCAGCCCCGAGCCGCGCUGCGCGCCCCGGGCCAGCGCCAGCCACCCCGGCAGCAGAAAAUCCAUUCCUCGUUGCCGAAGAAUUAACAGGAUGCUCUCCAAUGAAUCUCUGCAUUCUCCUAUCUUCAACCGUUCCAACUCACAGGCCUCCAUAGACAGUGCCUCCAUGGAAGAUUUCUGGCGGGAAAUAGAAAGCAUAAAGGAAAAUAGCAUGGCAAGACAGGAAGAGCAGCUGCCAACUGAAUUCAAACCUCUGGAUGAGGGAGAACUUGAAGCUGAGUGGCUGCAGGAUGUGGGUUUAUCUACCCUGAUUUCGGGUGGUGAAGAGGAGGAUGGCAAAGCCUUGCUCUCGACAUUGACUCGAACUCAAGCAGCUGCAGUCAAAAAGAGAUAUAAUACUUACACUCAGACAUUGAGGAAAAAGAACAAGCAGUCUGUGAGGGAUGUCAGAGAUAUCUUUGGAGUCAGUGAAGCUUCUCCAGGGGAUGCAUCUGAAAAUCCUACUGCUCAGUUGGAUGAUACCCAGGCGAACAAAGAACUGCCAGGCAUUAUCAACACCAGUGGUUCCUUGCCAGAUGACGUUUCCUCCAAUAGCACACCCCUCUCACUUGGGUCCCAGGAAGAAAAAGGGAGUUUUUCAGUUCCCAGGAGUGGCGCCAUGUCCAUACUUGAGACCAUUCCGGAUGUGCCAGUUCAUUCCAAUGGCUCGUCAGACAGUGGACAGUCCGCUCAGGGAGCAGUUGGGGAUGAUGAUUAUCUGGAAAAGACUGUUUCACCAGAAGCUGAAGAGUUGUCAUUUGAAGUGUCUUAUUCAGAAAUUAUUACAGAGGCUCCUAAAAAAAGCAAAUUUAAGAAAUAUGAUUUUAAGAAAGAAGAUUAUGCUUUAACUAAAUUUAUUGUUCAGAAAACCAGAUUUGGCCUAACUGAAGCAGGAGACCUGUCCACUGAGGACAUGAAGAAAAUUCGCCAUCUCUCUCUGAUUGAACUGACAGCAUUUUUUGAUGCCUUUGGGAUCCAACUGAAAAGAAAUAAAACAGAAAAAAUCAAAGGACGAGACAAUGGCAUCUUCGGGGUUCCACUCACCGUCCUAUUGGACAAUGACCGAAAGAAAGACCCCGGAGUGAAAGUCCCCCUGGUAUUACAGAAAUUUUUUGAGAAGGUUGAAGAAUCAGGUCUCGAAUCUGAAGGAAUUUUUCGGCUCUCAGGAUGUACUGCCAAAGUGAAGCAAUACCGUGAAGAACUGGAUACCAAGUUUAAUGCCGACAAAUUUAAGUGGGACAAAAUGUGCCAUAGAGAAGCUGCAGUAAUGUUGAAAGCAUUUUUCAGAGAACUACCCACUUCUCUCUUUCCUGUGGAAUAUAUACCUGCUUUCAUCACACUAAUGGAAAGAGGGCCCCACAUCAAGGUACAGUUCCAAGCCUUGCACCUCAUGGUCAUGGCACUGCCUGAUGCCAACAGGGACACAGCCCAGGCCCUCAUGACAUUCUUCAAUAAAGUGAUUGCCAACGAGUCAAAAAACCGAAUGAGUUUAUGGAACAUUUCUACUAUAAUGGCACCAAACCUUUUCUUCAGCAGAAGCAAACAUUCCGAUUAUGAAGAAUUACUGUUAGCAAAUACUGCAGCCCACAUUAUCCGCCUAAUGCUGAAGUACCAGAAAAUUUUGUGGAAGGUUCCAUCUUUCCUAAUCACGCAAGUCAGAAGAAUGAAUGAAGCCACUAUGCUCUUAAAGAAGCAAAUCCCAAGUGUCAAAAAGCUGCUAAGGAGGAAGACCAUAGAACGAGAGUUUACAAGCCCCAAGACUUCAAAGGUACUGCAAAAGUCACCUUCUACAAGAAGAAUGUCUGAUGUGCCAGAAGGAGUUAUACGAGUUCAUGCACCACUUUUCUCGAAGGUGUCCAUGGCCAUUCAACUCAAUAGCCAAACCAAAGCCAAAGACAUCCUGGCGAAAUUUCAGUAUGAAAACAGUCAUGGUCCAUCGGAAUGCAUUAAGAUUCAGAACCAAAGGUUAUAUGAAAUUGGAGGAAAUAUAGGACAGCAUUGCUUGGAUCCAGAUGCUUAUAUAUUGGAUGUGUAUCAUAUGAAUCCUCAAGCAGAGUGGGUAAUAAAACCUCAGCCACAUUUUUGAAAUACCCCUCAAGAAGGCAGAUGUUGUAUAUAACUUGCCAAGAAGAUACUCCAUUUCUUAGGGAAAAACCAAGACUGCUUUUGACAUGUUUGUUCCUAUGAUGUUUUCAGUCCAAAUGGUGUCUCCUCCUGACAUUGCCAACAUGAACUAUGGAAGAGGAGCUGGUUAAUCAUUUGGGCUGAUGCUUUCUCAUGGUGGUGCCUUGAUUCAAGAGAAGGAAAGAUGGUGCAGUCUUUCCGGAAGAAAGGCCAGUCUAGAAUAUGAUGGAACGCUGAGCAUUUCUAAUAGGUUGACUCCCUGCAGAAAUGAACUUGAACUAUACCUAGGGAGAAGGCAUAUUCUUUAUGUGACAAAUGCUUCCAAAGAGGUGGAAAGAGACUUUUUUACUUAUUAUAUAUAUAUAUG